AUGGACCUCGGAGACGUAGACGCAGGUCCGACCCUGGAUGGCGAAUACAACGGACCUCGAAGAGCCUACUCGCCUGAUCAAGACCGAACAGCAUCCAGAAAGCGAAAUGGCGUCCGCGGAGAGUCGACAGUCCGCAGGACCAAGACUCACGAGACCGAAAACGGCGAAGAAGAGAUCCAUCAUGUCAAGUCUGGCCAUCACAGAAUGCGUUCGGGGAGUCAAGGCUCUGCAUACUCCCUCAGCGACCCGCCUAUGUAUCCCCGAGUCGGCGCGACAGCUGAGGAAAUGGCAGGCGAGGUCUGCGUGGAUGACGACGAGCAUCUGAAGGAGUCUGAAAAACCGCCCGUUCGAGAUAAGGAAUUGAAGCCUCAUCGCAUGUACAAGUUUACGCUGUACGAGACGAAUACACGGUACUGGAUUACGGGUUCAGAUAUCACCGACAAGUACUUUCGCCUGCUCCGGAUUGAUCGGAACUCGCCACCUGGGCAGAUAACGCUGUUCGAGGACGAGACGGUAUACGAUCGCAAGCAGAUGAAUGAUGUGCUCAAUACUAUUGACCAAGGUAAUAAGGCAACCAAUGGCCUGCGACUGAAGUAUAGCUUUUGGGGCUUGCUGGGUUUCAUCCGCUUCACUGAGGCUUACUACAUGCUCAUCAUCACGAAGCGCAGACAGGCGGCCAUGGUUGGUGGGCAUUACAUGUACCAGAUCGAAGGGACAGAACUUGUCCCUCUCACGACUGGUGCUGGUAGCUCCUUUCUGAGAGACCGCAAUCCUGAAGAGGCACGCUUUUUGGGCAUCCUCAACAAUCUGGAUUUGACAAAGUCGUUCUACUUCAGCUAUUCAUACGACAUCACGAACUCAUUGCAGCAGAACAUUAUCAAACAGCGGGUGGCUCUGAAUGAGGGGCGUGACAUGGCAGUGCACGAGUACAACGGCAUGUUUGUUUGGAACCACCAUCUACUCAAACCUGCCGUCAAUGCGCUCAAGCAUCCUUACGACUGGUGUCUGCCGAUUAUUCACGGAUUUCUCGAUCAAGCUGCACUCGACAUCUUUGGCAGGACGGUCUACGUGACUAUCAUUGGCAGGAGGUCUCGCUUCUUCGCUGGUGCUCGAUUCUUGAAGCGUGGUGUCAACGAUCUGGGAUAUGUGGCCAACGAUGUUGAGACUGAGCAGAUUGUAUCUGAGAAGCUGACGACGUCGUUCCAUGCGCCUGGACCCCGACUUUAUUCGAAUGCCACGUAUACCUCGUAUCUCCACCACAGAGGCAGUAUACCGCUGUACUGGACCCAGGACAACAGUGGUGUCACGCCGAAGCCAGGCAUCGAUGUCAACUUGAGCGAUCCGUUCUUUCAGCCCGCUGCACUGCACUUCGAUAACUUGUUCGAGCGGUAUGGAUGUCCCAUCUACGUACUCAACCUCGUCAAGGCUCGAGAGAAGGUGCCCCGUGAGUCGAAGCUGUUACACGAGUACCAAAAGUGUAUCAAUUACCUCAACCAGUCCAUACCAGAGGACAAGAAGAUACAGUACAAAGCCUACGAUAUGGCCAGAGCAGCAAAGACUCGCAACAGCGAUGUCAUUGGAGGCCUAGAAGUCAUUGCGAAAGACAUUCUUGAACAGACUGGCUUCUUCCACAAUGGCGAGUAUGGCUUUGACGAGCCGCAAGUCCAGAAUGGCACCGCCAGGACCAACUGCAUCGACUGUCUUGACCGCACCAAUGCUGCGCAGUUCGUCAUUGGCAAGCAUGCCUUUGCGCUGCAGCUCAAGGUGCUUGGAGUGAUUAGCAAGGAUGAAGUGGAUUACGACACUGAUGCGGUCAACCUCUUCACCUCGAUGUUCCACGAUCACGGAGACAACAUUGCGAUGCAGUAUGGAGGAUCACACUUGGUCAACACGAUGGCCACGUAUCGCAAGCUCAGCCACUGGCAGAGCUCAUCCCGAGACAUGGUGGAGAGCUUCAAACGAUAUUACCACAACUCAUUCUUGGACAGUCAACGUCAGGAGGCAUACAACCUUUUCCUUGGCAACUACAUCUGGGCGGCAGGACAACCCAUGCUGUGGGAUCUAACAACAGAUUACUAUCUCCACCAUAGCAGUCCCCGUGCUUGGUUCGAGCGGAAUCGGCGAGACUACAUCGACUGGUAUACGCCUGAGUAUCUGGAACCGCGUGUCAUGCCACCUCGACUCAAGCGAGAAGUUCCCGAGCUCAAAUCGGAAGGAGUUGCUGCAUUCGACGACUAUUGGAGAGAGUGCUACCGCCCAACAGCACUAUCAUCUCUGCAAAAGGUCUACAGCUACCGAAUGACAUCCACACAACGCUACCUGCCAGAACGACCGUACGGUGACAACAAGUGGGACUUCAGUCCCUUUGUCCGCCGUGCCGACCCACACAAGCACGUCGAAUCUCCAGAGAAGCAGCGAAAGCCACCACGAAAGGGCGUCAAGAUCGUCGACCCUCAAGACGAACCGCCCAUGUCACCCAUGCCCCUCUCUGAAGUCGUCCCUCGCCCCCCAACAGCCGCCGGCGAAGAAAAACCCAGCAUCCUCCGCGAAACCGUCUACGCCAAACUCCCCCUCCCGCAAUCCCAACCCCAACCCCCCAACAGCAAAGAAUUCCAACCCGCCGACAAAGCCCAAAUGCACCUCUGGACCCUCAACCAAUUCCACACGCAAUCCCUCCACCCGCACGUCUCCGACCCGGAAACCCGCGAAUACGCCCGCUACAUCACGCACCCGCAGAACCUCCCCCUCGUCACCUCCACCGACCUCCCCUCCGACGCCAACAUCGACUAUGUCGAGUACAUCCACAAGCCCGGCGGCCCGGCCUUCGACUCGUUCGUCGACUCUGACGAGGACGCCGCCACCUUUGCCGCCGGCGUCAGCGACGCGGACCUGCAGGAUUUCUGGGAUUUCUUGGAGGCGAAAGGGGAUCCGUUGACGGUUACCGAGGAGGAUCGCGGGAAGAAGAGGUAUAAGGCGUAUCGGCAGUGGUUGAGGGGGAAGAGUCUUUUUAAGCAGAGUAAAGUCGAUCCGGAGUUUUUGGGGCAGGGGGUUUGA